UCGUCAUCGCGCCGCUGAUGUACAGUGUGUUGGCGGGUGUGUAUAAAGUAUUGAAAUUGUUCAUCAUGUUUGCACAGAAACCUCACAGCGUUAUUAAAAAUGACAAGCGGAAUAUUCUGUUGAUAAAGCAGUUAUAAUUGAGUACGGGUGAUAUUUAUACCGACAGGUGUGAGUAUGACGGCGUGAGAUGGAUCAGUCCCGAAAACGGAAAUUAAAUACUAGGAAAGCUGGGCUUUCUCAGUGUAAAGUGGCCAGAGCCGAAGAGCAGGAGGAAGUUUCUGAGAGCAGAGAUGUUACAGACACUGCAGGAUCAGACAGACACUUCAGUACCAUCAGAGCCUCCAGUCCUCAGUCUGACAGUCAGGAACAGCAUGCUGCAUGCAUACAGAAGCCUGAAGAUGAUGCCCAGAAAACCAUGAUCAUCACAUGCAACAAGGAACAGGGUGGAACACGAACACUGGGCAGAAGGAAGGGUUUGAGGAGGAAAAGAGAUGUGGUCAGUGAAGCAGAAGCCGAGCAGAAGGAAGCUGAAGAUGAAAUCCAGCCAGAGGUGGAGAUUGACCGAGAUCUGGACAGAGAACUGGAAAAUAAAUCCAGACAACAUAACUUGACCUCUGCAAACGUUCGUAGCAUCAUUCACGAAGUGAUCACCAAUGAGCAUGUUGUGGCCAUGAUGAAAGCAGCUAUCAGUGAAACCGAACCCAUUCCUGUGUUCGAACCCAAGAUGACCCGCUCUAAACUAAAGGAGGUUGUGGAGAAAGGAGUUGUCAUUCCUGCUUGGAACAUUUCACCGAUUAAGAAGCCCACAGAGGCGAAGAAGGGACCCCAGUUUGUGGAUAUUCCUUUAGAAGAGGAAGACUCCUCUGAUGAAGAGUAUCGGCCCGAUGAAGAGGAGGAGGACGAGACAGCUGAGGAGACUCUGCUGGAAAGUGACUUUGAGAACUCAUCGUCUUCUCCACGGUGCAGUCGAGUGAACCUCCACAGAUCACACGCUGAACACGAGGAGGACCGAGUCGGCAGCUCCAGACCCGUAAGACAUAACCUUCGCAGAUCCAGGCACCUGACAGUGGCUGUGACCCCAAUGGGACCCCCACCACCACCACCAGCCCCCUCCAGGGUCCCACCAGAGUGCAGCUUCUUAGAAAAACUGCAUGCGGUGGAUGAGGAGCUGGCCAUCGGCCCUGACUGCAUGGAGUCAUAUCAGAGUCUCAGUAGUGCUAAUGGAGAGGAGAGCCUGAUUUCGUUUCGCACACGAUCUAAGCGCCCACUGAGAAACGUCCCUCUGGGCCGCCUGGAGGCGGAGCUACGUGCUCCUGACAUCACUCCAGACAUGUAUGAGUUUGGCUCCGCCCCUGAGGACAGAGAGUGGACGCAGUGGCUGCAGGGCCUCAUGACUUCAGAUAUGGAGAAUGAAGAGGAGGGUGAUGAUGAAGAUGACCCUGAGUACAAUUUUCUGGCUGAUAUUGAUGAGCCUGAUGUGGAGGACUAUAGGAAUGACAAGGCAGUGCGCAUCACCAAAAAGGAAGUCAAUGACUUGAUGGAGGAGCUAUUUGAUGCAUUUCAGGAUGAAUUAGGGGGUCAGGAAGAAGAAGGACAUGAGGAUGAAGAGGAAAAAGAGGAAGAGGAGAGUACCCUGCAAGAGCAGCCAGGCAUUAUGGAGAAUAUCCAGUACGAGGAUCCAUUAGCAGAUGUCUUGAAGCAGCGAUAUCGAACAGUGCGGGAGCAGCUGGCAGCAGUGAAGAAACGGAAGGCUCUUCUGGAGAGUAAAGGAGUGUCUGUGCCUCCACCCUGCCCUCAACGGCCCUCCAGCCCCAUAACAUCCAUGACCCUGAACGCCACCCAGAAGCUACAGCUACAGCAGCAGAUCCAGCAGCACGUGCAGCUCCUCACGCAGAUCAACAUGUUGUGCAGUUGGGUUAAAGGUCUGGAGACGGAGGCUUCAACAAGCAGACAGUUCUUGUUGGAGCUGCAGAUGUUUGCUCAGCAUGGAGACCAAUCCUGCGGUCCAGCAGAGCAUGGCUUCACCAGCAUCUUCAAAGCCUGGAACCUUCAGGGUGCUAUUUCUCUUCUGGAGGAACUAGAUCAGUCACCCAAAGGAGAAGCUGCAGUCUCAAGUCCAUGUUUCCCUGGAUGUCAAUUUCCUGCUUCUUUGGCCUGGCUUAUGGCGACUCGAUCGGUGUUUCUCUACCCAGAGCUACUCCCUACAAUCCAACUGCGUCCUUCUAGAUUCAAAGGGCCAUUUACUCCAGCAGAAGAUUGUCUUGUUGUUUUAGGUCAUAAGCAUUUAAGGAGUACCCUAAAUCCACUUCAGAUGACUUGUCGUUAUCUGCUUGCUGCUAGGAGCUUGAUCAGUUUAAAUGCACACAUACGUGAUGCAUGUCAUAAGCCCUUUCCCAAUGUCAUCAAGACAUACUUUGUGACUGGAAAAUGCCCUCCCAUGCCCUUGGCUUGUAAGAAGGUCAGACCUUCUGACCAGCGCCCCCCGGUGGAGAGAGAAAAGAGCCUCAUGCCUAAUUGGCUCUCGAAAAACCUGAAGUGCAUUUAUGACAUUGUAAGCAUAUUUAACCAACCAUCUGGAAACUCCCAGAUCGUCAAUCCAGCAGAAGAAGCUGCUGAGUCUCCAGGUCCAGGAUCACACUGUAGCCUCUCCCCAGGCAUGCGUUACCCUCCCAGGCUUCCCGAGGACCUUGCACAGACACUUGAAUCUUCACCUGCCACAUGCAAAAAGAAACACAACAAGACUGCUAAACCCACUAAACCUUUAAAACCUCCCCCGUCGGCUGAAGAACUAAAAGUGUUUCUGAACCAGUUACCGGCCCUUUUACCAAAAAACAUCACAAUUCCAAAUACCACGCUUUCGACGCCUUUUGCGUGUUUGUCUGGAAACGGAGCUAGGAAUGGGCCUUUCAUAGUAAAUAACAUGUCAAACGUGCCUCCGAUGGGACAAAACCCAUUCGCACCUGACCUGAACUCUUCAAGGACUGCUCCUGUGAAAAAUGCUGUAGGAACACCAAUGGGUGUCUCUGGUUCUCCACAGAGAGCUCAAGUUGGUGCAACCCAGAGGGACGUAAUCAUCACUUUACCUGCUGCUUUGGCACCAGAGCUGAAUCCUUGUUCUUCAGGGCAUAUACCUGUGAAUCAAACUGCACAAAUAGCCAGCUCUAACGUUGAACCAAGAGUGUCAAACCUCAUAAUUACUCUUCAACCACCUCCAGUUCCCAACACCUUAAUAUGUCCCACCACCAUCAUGAAGACAUCUAGCACCCCAUCUGCUAAAGACUGCGUUAGUCAGCAUUGUGGCGCUCUGCAUAAAGUUAUACAGAGAGACUCUGUUGGUCUAGUUCAAGUACAUCAAAAAACUCUAAAUCGGUUUCUUCUCCUUCCUCCAGGCUACGUUCUUGCAAGCAGCAGCCUUGGCCAUCAGAGAGCUGGGCAAGAUCAAACAUUGCAACACUCUUCAGCUCUGAAUAGCAAAGAGAUGAAACCGAUAAUUGCAGACACUUUCCAAAGCACUGAUAGGCCACAAGGAUGUCCCCCAAAGCUGGCAUCCGUUCAUGAUGCUCCUACUGAGUGCUUACAAGAAACCACAGCAGCAGAGGAACAGCCAAAUAGCGAUGAUGGAGGACUGAUUGAGAAUGAGGUGCAAGAGUAUGGCGAGAAGGACCCCAGAGAGCUGUUUCUCACACUUUCUGAAUCCUCUGGGAGCCCGUCGCACAGCGUUGAGGGGGAAGACACUGAUGUAGAGGUAGUUUUGGGCAGGAGAGAGAAACUAGAGGAGCAAAACACAACAGAAAGGCAAAGCAUCAAUAGGCUGACGGGGGAGGAGGAGGAGACAGGUGGAAGUGUUUCAGAUGUCCUGUUUGUACCAGAGCUUCAGAAAACCAUUGAGAAAUUCUCACAUCUGGCCACAAAGACGAGAUCUGAAAAGAAAGGAAGUUCAGAUGAUGGAAAAUCAAACCAUCAACCAGCAGGUUCUGUGGAGCACCCUUUGGUCAUUUACAAAGAUGCGUCUGAUGACGAUCCUAACAGAGAUGCUAAAGAUGUCGCCUUUGCCCAGGCUUACCUAGAGAAGGUGUAUGAGGUGCUGCAGAUGGUGCCUGGGAAAGUGGACGAGUUCCUGUGUGUUCUGUCAGAGUUUGAGAAAGAUCCAGAAAGUCGCACCUCACUAGAGUUACUGACGAGACUCAAACCCGUGCUGAGCGACUGGCCUGAGCUGCUUCAGGAUUUUGCCGCCUUCCUGCAUCCAGAUCAAGCCAGAGAGUGUGGCCUGCUGGCAGAGCAGCAAGCGUUUGAACGCAGCAGACGGUUUCUUCGCCAGCUGGAGUGUACUUUUGGAGAGCAGUCAGAUCUCUACAGAAAGGUGGUGCAUAUUCUACAAGGGGGUCCAUCACAGGAUCUUCCUCACUUCAAAGAGAUGAAAGCCCAGAUAACAUCACUGUUCUGUGAUCACACUGACUUGCUGAAGGAAUUCUGGGAAUUUUACAAGCAGCUGUACCCACAAGUGCAAGAUGAGGAUCAUGCACACAGUGUGGAAACCAUUCAGGGCUUGGAAGGAAACCAAGCAUGUCGACCAGUCAGAACUAUCGUACCAGAUCAAAAAAUGGAGCCAGUCAAAACAGCCUUUAAACAUAGAAGAAAAAGAGAUCAGAUGGCAGAAACAAAAAAGAACAAGGCCAAGAAACACAGUGAGUCAAAAAAGGAGGCAGCCGAAUCUUUCUCAGUGGAUAAUGAACAGUCUUCAUUUAACGCCACAGGAAGCUCAGUCUGUGCCAAGAAUAUCUCUCACACACCAAAUGGGAAGAAAGUAGUCCUCUGGACGAGGGAGGCAGACCGUGUAAUCCUGACCACCUGUCAGCAGAGAGGAGCCAAGCCAGACACGUUUCAUGCCAUUGCAGCCCAGCUUGGCAACAAAACACCCGACGAGGUUUUGGAGCGCUUUCAAGACCUCAUUAGGUUGUUCCACAAAUCCAGCAAGUUACAUCACACAGGCCAGUCGGACGCAGGGAUCCAGUCCGGCGUGAGAGACGAUGAACCACACUGACAUUAAAACUGUGCUAACAGUAAGACUUGAGCCAUGCGUGUAGGCUGGACCUGACGCCUGAAUUGAAGGAGAAGCAAUGUAACACUUUAAAUGUUCCUGAAGUACUUGAAUAAAUGAAACGCUGUGUAAUAUUAAGACAUUUGGGUUUAAAAAAAAUAUAUAAUUCUUGAUUUUGAAGGCACACGCAAGCUUAAAACAGUAAUAAUUGUGUUUGUGUUACAUUUUUGUAGGUGAUGUAAAAAAUACUUUUCUAUCUAAAAGCAUUAAUUGUUUCAUUGUCUUAAUUGUUAUUAAUGUUGUUUCAUAAUACUUAUAUGAAGGUUGCGCAUAUCCUUAAAUUCGAAGGAAUAUACCAAAUAAAUUAUUUGUUUGUUA